AUGCUCCUCCCCCGUGGUGCAGACCCGAAGUCUCGAUUCCAGAACACCGACCGUAUCCGAUUGACUUACAUCAUCAGUCAGAUCCAUGCGUGGGAAGCAAAGUUCCCCUUCCCGCGAGCGGCGUUCAUUUCUGCCCUGGUUCAUUACGGCGCCGACCUCGACACAACAUCAAGGGUGGGAUACGUCGCAUCGGGUCAAUCGAUCCACAUCUUCCCGAACUUCCAAGGUAUACUCGACGACUACGAGCGAACCAUCGAUCACGAAGACAAUCUGAAGAAGCCAUCUUCUCCAGAGGGCGCUGACAAUCUUCAGGAUAUAAACAUCGACUAUGAAAGCGAGGAUUGGGGAUGGAUCACAAUCCCUGACCCUGUCGUCACCUUGGGCACCCCAAUCAUCUCACCGGCCGCCUCCGAUGAUGGCGCCCGCAACCCUCAAUCGACACUCGGCGAUUAUGUCAAGGAGAGGAUACCGCCGCAUCUCGCAUCCACCUGUCGAAACAUCGUCGAGACACAGCAGAACCAGGACGACCCUCGCCCGCCUUCACCUCCGCCUCUACCUCCGCCUCUACCUCCACUUCCAUCUCGCUUCCAUCUCGACCUCUACCGGUAUCUCGACUUGCACCUCGACUCCAUUUCGACCUGCAUCUCGACCUCCACCUUGACCAAGACCAAGUCAUCUUCGGUAUCGUCGUUAUCACCCGGCCUGCUUGUCAUCUUCCCCGGCCGCGGAGGCGUCAUCCUGAUGCUCGGGCUCCUCAUCUCGGUUUUCGUCGCCGUACUCGUUAGCAAAGCCGCCACCGGUACGGCCGAUGAUGUGCCACAAGUCCCAGUGGUCGUUGUAGGCGUCGCUGGCGAUGUACGAGACCAAGCACAUGCGCCUGACGAGCUCCGUGAUCGCUCGGGCGCUAGCGAGCGGUUCGAGGGCGAACGAUUUGCUCAGGGUUCAAGGAGCGCAUUGUCCGUGUUGGGCCGCGCCCACGCUUGGUUCUGCGUGGCAGACUUCACGCACGUCCGGCGCAGGGUCGGCAGCUCUGACGAUGGGAUAGAGACGAGAACGUCCAUAUGUACACGCCGGGAGAGCCCGAGAGAGUACGAGUUGGAGGUUUGCGGUUGGGGAUUGGGUUGGUGCAAGAGACUGAAUGCCUGGGCGACUUAG